GCCAUGCAAAACAAAGAGGGAUGCUGAAAAUACAGUAAUCCUGUCCUCAGACUCUCAGCAGGAAGGGAGACAUCGGAAGCUUUUGCAAGAUCAGUUGUAUUGGACGAUGUGGGAAUGGACAUCCCAUUUGAUGCAGCAGAAAUCAGACCUGAACCUCCAAAUUCACUGGAUCUGAAUGGUGCCCAUGCCAGGAAAAUAAAGCUUACAGCUCCUAACAUUAACCUUUCCCUGGACCACAGUGAAGGUUCUAUUCUUUCUGAUGACAAUCUUGAUACUCCAGAUGAACUUGAUAUUAACGUAGACGAUCUUGAUACUCCAGAUGAAGCAGAUUCCUUUGACUAUACUGGAAAUGAUGAUCGUCCUGCACUCGGCCACUCACUUCAAGGAGAUUUUGAAUCUAUCCAAGAAUACUCAGCAGAAGAAGAGAGAGCCGAUAAUAAGCUAUGGAGGACUGUCAUCAUUGGUGAUCAAGAACAACGAAUAGAUAUGAAGGUCAUUGAACCAUACAAGAAAGUGAUAUCACACGGAGGUUACUAUGGCGAGGGUGUGAACGCCAUUAUUGUGUUUGCUGCCUGUUUUCUGCCUGACAGCAGCCGCGCUGACUACAAUUAUGUCAUGGAAAAUCUUUUCCUAUAUGUAAUAAGCACUUUGGAACUCAUGGUAGCAGAGGACUACAUGAUUGUCUACUUAAAUGGAGCCACGCCAAGAAGAAAGAUGCCAGGACUUGGAUGGAUGAAGAAGUGUUACCAAAUGAUAGAUAGACGGCUAAGGAAGAACCUAAAGUCAUUCAUUAUCGUUCAUCCAUCUUGGUUUAUCAGAACUAUAUUAGCCGUGACACGUCCUUUCAUAAGCUCCAAGUUCAGCAGCAAAAUAAAGUAUGUCUCCAGUCUAGCUGAGCUCAGGGAGUUGAUUCCGAUGGAACAUGUGCAGAUUCCAGAAAGUAUUAUCAAGUAUGAAGAAUCAAGGUGUUUUCCAAGGAAUGUAAGCUUCGAGAAGAAAACUGAAGACAACGUAUAACACUAUGGAACACAGAGGCUGUGAAUCUUCAUGGAUAACUCUAGUUUUAUCUUGUGGUUGUAUAGGCCGAGAUAUCUUAUGUAUUUUAUUUUUUAAAAGUGUAAAUUAAUAAUAGAACGCAAAAGGAAAUCUCUUUAAUCUAAAAUGGCAUCAACAUGAGAACACGUUGAGUCACUCUGCUUAGAGGGAACGUGUUGUAUUUCAUGAGACUUGCAGCUCAGAAGAAAACAAAGUGAUUCAGUAUUUGCUAUGGUGACACAUUUACUUUUGGUGGUAAAAUCAUGUUUUGCUUUCAUGGUUGCAGGGUUUUAGGCAACUAUAAACCCAUGUAGUGUAUUUUUAGUACUACCAAAGUAAAAAAUAACAAUUAAGAAAGUUACUAAGCAAUGACAAGAUCCCAACACAUACAGACAUCCAAGACACCUCUCAUACAUUUAACCUCUACACCAGUGGGGCACAUUUAUAAAUUGUUUUA